AUGGAGCCGUUAACCCUUCGGAUGCGACAGGGUGAUGAAGAGACAAUCGAAUGUUGGGACGACGAUGACGACCUACAGUGCUACGGAGACAUCCAACUACGCGCCGCUUCAACCGCUACAUCAGUAACCAACUCGUCCGUCCGCCGCUCUGGUCACCGAGACUCUAUCUCGUCCCGCCGCUCCGCACGCUCUGACCUCGAUUCCAACGUCGGCACGGACGAAGACUGGCAGGUCCAACUGUUAGACACCGAGGAUAUUGUCAGCGAGGAAGCCAUUUCCUCUGCUCGAAAUGCAGGAAUUCCAUUGCCCGCGAAUGUUCCCAAGUCGGCGCUUGUCGGUGGGACCAUAAAACGUCUUGGGCGAAGGAAACCGAAGAAGGACUUUAUUGAUGAUUGGUCUGAAGAAGUAGAACUUCCCGGGCCAGACAGCGUGCUGGAGCUCAAAACGCCCCAAGCGUCAUGCUUCCCGGAAUCACUUCGACAAGUCAGUUCGACCGCGACAAGCCCAGUGAAGACCACAGCCACAACUUUCUGGAGCGACGAUACCCAUAUACACCUGCAAUCAGCAUUGACAGAGUUGGACAAGCUCCAAGACGCAGACGUUGCUACAGAUUUCGAAGAUGUGCCGACGAUCAAGGUCCCCAAGUCCCGGUCUCCACAAAGAACAAGCAUUGCGGACGGUCCGAAGCCCGGAACUGAGAACAGUGCGGAGGACAACUUCGAGGAUGAUUUUGAGUUCCCGGAUAACGACGACGUUCUGCGCCUUUCGCCUCGCAAAUCGAAUGCCCGAAAUUCGAGCCCUCCGCCCGAGGAAUUGGAUGUGGAUUGGUCGGAAGGUAGCAUCGGAGUCCGGUUUGGGGGCACUACGAGAGACCGUCGAUCGAACCCCAGCUCCUCAGUCACUGCUGUCAGCCCUAGCGCUUCGAGUUGUUUGACUGGAGAAAGUGAAGAUGAGGGCUUAGACGGCCUCGUGAUACCGGAAGGUCCUCUAGAUCUCGAGUCACCCCUGAGGAAGCGAAAGGAGCCCAGCCAGUUUGGUGCCUCGAAAGAGGUAGACGUCCGUCAACAGCCACAAGAUACCGAUGAUUUCUUCUCCGGCCUCGAAAUCGACGACGGCGAUGCCUUUGAUGCUAGAAGACUAUCGAUAAAUCCGAAUGUGAAGCGCAAGACCGAGCGCCCUGGGAGCCCGACACGGCGGUCAGCGACUACCCUUACGUUUACUAAUGCAACGGUUUCUCCAAAAACACGAAUUCCCCGACCUUCAGGCCAUGACCGGCUGUCGACACAUCUGGAAACGGUUUCGGAAAGCGGCGCUCCUCUAUUCCGGUUUCGCGAUUCCAUGUCGCGCGUGAACACUCACUCUUCGAACCCGUCUGUCUCGAGUCUGCCAGCUGUUGGAUCUACGUCGUUCUCCCCAAGUCCCCCAAGCGCGAAACGAGUCACCGGUUCUCGUCUGUCGAAGGAAUCCGCAUAUAAUGAAGGGGUAGGUGGUGGGAGGUUACCGCUGAGAUCGAAACGAUCCAUGCCUACGAUGCGAAAUACAUCGCAACUCUCGAUGUCUCCAUCUUUACAGGGGUCUCCGCAGAGUAGCACAAGCCGUCCUUCUGUUUCUACUGUCAGACCCAAAACUCCUAUCGAUCGCCUCGGGAUUGACACUCGACAAAUCAUUCGCAGGGCGCAGCCACCAUUUAUCCCAGCAGGGGCUUCUGAGAAUCAGUCUCAUCAUGCUCGGGUCAAGAGCUACCGCCACUCCCGACGAACGAAUUCGGACACUAUAAAUGAUACGUUCAGCUCUCAGGGGCUUGCGCCUCGUUCGUCACGGUCGAGUCGUUCGGACAUUUUUGACGGGAAUCCUAGUGACACAAGUCCAGAGAAUUUCGUUGCUGGAGGAAAGCGAACGCUCACUCGACCGACGCGUCGGCGGAAUUUUGGCGAUGGUAGCGAAUUGGCAUCAUUCGAUGAUCUUCCCACUUCCUCGUCUGCAGAAAGCAGGUUCAUCAAGAACCCCUCUGGUCGUGGCGCACCCAAGACUCUCCGAAACAAACUCACUCGGAGCCAAACCAUUCCAUCGAGAAACGAGCCCACUCCUCCGACAUUGCAACACGUUUCCUCCAAGUCCAGUGACUCCAUUCCGAGCUCCAAGAACCGGGAUGAUAAUACGCUCACCUCUCUCAACUCCAAAUGGCGAUCUCAGACUAUCUCCCGUGUACCAUCCAGCUCUUUAUCCAUCAAAACCAAGAAGAGCAGACCCCGUUCGGGAUCUGGGAAUAAGCCGCAUUUGAUCAAGCCUUUGGGAACAGGUGUUCAGGAGCCCAGAUCACUGAAUGGGAUGCACUACAAUCCUGCUGCGUACCGCUGGGAAGGCAAUGAAAAUUCCGUUCGAGCAUUUGAUCAGGGCUCUCCGAGAUCCCCAAAACCAGCACCAGCCCUCAUCACGAAGGUUGGAACGAUGCACAAUGUGCAGGUAGUGGGAGAAAUGGUUUUUGAUCCACGGCGUAUGUGUUGGCUCAAAUUGGCGCCAUCACAACCAGGGGCAGACGGCGUGGUCGCUGUUCAGGACGAAGAUGAUGUAUUCGCUGGACUUGAUGAUUUGGAGGAGAGUGCCAGGGAGGCCAGUCGCGUCAAUCACUCUGCUGGCGACGAAGUUGGCUUCAAUCCCAGCGGUGACGACCGCAGCUGUGGAGACUCAUCGGACGAGUGGCCCAUCACGGAAGAGUUCGACGUUGGCCCCCGAAUUUGUUCGACGACAGCGAGCAGAGGAAGAGAAGUGGAGGCGCAAGGUCGACAAAUGGACCAGGGUCGACCGAGAGAGACUAGGGGAUGGGUGGCGAUGGGCGAUUCGAGACCUGGUGAGAUUCAACAGUGGAAGUGGAACUGGAGAUCGUUGAUCAGCGAAUGCUCCGGCUGA